AUGGAAAAUCCACCGGAUCCAUCCAUCACUCCAAAGAAAGAACAUCAUCGCAGCAUGAGCGCCGAUACCUCGAAUCCAACCCUAACCCCAACUACACCUCGACGCUUCGGUUCCUUAACUCACUCGCCACGUCUACGCGAUCUGGCUCGUCGUGCAUGUUCCCCCGAGAAGAGGUCGGCUCCUCUAUCCCCAUUGAAGAGAUCUGCGCCUGUUACUCCUGUCGGUCCGCGCUUCUGGUCUGUUAAGUCUUCUGCGCCUACUUCUCCUGCUCCAAGGUGGAUGUUGCCUUCGCCACGGAAGAUCCCCGAGUCUUCGAUGACAAUCGUGGAGAGUUUAGAGGUUCCUGAGUCGCCUACUCCUUCACCUCGUCUGCCUCGUCGGGUCAUUUUUAGUUUCAAUGUCAAUGUUGGGACGCCGAUGAAGCCACUUGUCGACUUUCGGGGUGGUAUGUCUUGGCUUUCUCUUCCGAGAGACAAGUCGAAGUUGGGAUUGGAUUUGUUCUCGUCUUGUGCGCAGGGACAAGAGAAUAUCAACUGUCUUGAUCUUAUGGAGUUAAAGCCGCUGUGUCAGUUUCGUGGGUUGCGUUCGCUCAAGCUUUUUGGUAUGAUGCAGUCUUAUCAGACUUACAUCUGGCAGACUGCUUGGCUGAACUUGGGUCUUGAUGAGCUGGAGCUCGGGAUGGUGCUGAAGCCGGAGAUUCUGAGUGUAACUCACGGUCGUCAGUGGAGUCUCGUCGAAGAAGGAUGGUCAAUGAAUGAGAAGCAGACUGCUGAUCCUGUUUACCACGGACAUCUCGGCGACGGCGAACUCCACCCGAGAAUCGGCUACGGCGAAUACCUCGACAAACACAGCAUUGAAAAAGCCAAACUCCUCGCUCUGACAAUGGACCGUACCAGUCACCGCCUCACCAUCAAGACCCUCACUCUUUCCGGAUUCGUCGUCGACGCGGACCCUUUCCUGCAAUGGUUCGAUCCCCAGCGUUUGCGCAGCAUUCACUUCAAAGGCGAAUGCAUCGAUGCUGGCUUCUGGUUGCCCCUUGCUAUGCAAAAGGUUACGGUUAGAUGCUCGCGCAAUAUCGAUCUCGAACCGGUGCCUGUUGGGAUCCUCGCGCUGAAUCUACCGAGGGAUUUGAGGGUUGUCGAAUUGAAAGAUGGGAAGAAGAUCCAUGACGUAGUGUUCGGUGAUUCAGGGAUUGUGAUGGGUCAGCCAUGA